AAAAUGGCCAUCUCGACGAAACAAGAGCGUAAAUACUGAAGCGUCUAUAAGCACGCAAACCACACCAAUUACACCGUUUACAUUUAAUAACGCACAAAAUCCCACGCCAGCUAAUGUCAUACCACCUAUUAGCACGCAAAAGGUCACACAAGUUAAUGACGAAACGGUCAAUAAUACUCAAGAUGUAGCAUCAAGCACACGAGUUAAUAACACGCAAACUGACAAAAUGGUCGAUAAUACUCAAGAUAUCAUGCAGUCUGUACCGGUAGCAUCAAAAACACUAGUUAAGCCAUCUCCACGCACAACCACACAACUUAAUUUACUUUCACCAUCAGAGACUGACUACCAGACUAUCCACACUAAAUUCAUGUCUCACCUUCCAGCGGCAACUGUAAAAGCAAUCUUUAGUCUAGAAAUGCCAGACUACAUUGUAAAACGGCACGAAUUGAUGAAGAAGCAGAUUCCGGUUCCUCGACAAACAUUUCACGGAACAAAGCAUCAAUGUGAUCCAAACCGUUAUAUCGUCAGUAAAGGAGAUGCGAAACCUUGUGGCGUAACUAAUUGUGGAUUAUGUGGAAUUAUUCAAGAUGGAAAUCGUUGUGAUAAGUCGAAUCAUAGUGUUUGGUCAGCUAUUCACGCCAAUACAUCUUUAUACUAUACACUGCCCGGCCCAAUACGUGCAAUGUUCGUACUUGACAUUCUCACAAAUCUUCCAGAAAAUAAUGCCACUCCACAUGUUACCCAGGAUGCA